AUAUAUAUAUAUAUAUAUAUAUGCCAUCAUCGCCUUCGCUAUACCAACCUCCUUCAUAUUUCUACCUUGUCUCUGUCAGAGACUGGCAUCACUCCGGACCGACGACCUCUCUACCUAUCUCUCAUUAAAGUUCCUUUCUCUAUCUCUCCCUCUCUCAGAAGAAAGCUUCGUGCAUUGUGUGCAUCUUCGAUUCCUCUCCGCGCGACGUCGAGAGGAAGCGUCGCGGAAGGACUGUAGCUCACACUGGCCCCUUUGUCGCACCGGCAGCCGACUGUCGUUGCUGAUUUGCUUACGCGAAUCCUGCCGCGAGCGGCGUAUAAACGAGCACUACAGCCGGGAGUGUUGCUGCACCGCGCGGGGCUAUAGCGAAACGAAGUGUUGACAGCUCGGCGAUAAGCUGGAAGAAAAAAAAAAAAAAAAAAGAAACGAGCCUCGCGUGAACCAGAGUGAGCCGUAUAGCCCAAAAGUCACAUUGCAUGGUCACUCGAUCAUUUUUCUUCGUACGUGCGCGACAUUUUAUCCUGACAAAAUCGUCUGCAGCAGCGGCAACAAAGGCACACUCACGCUUAGGUUGCCACAGUCAGGCGACAAAGAAGAAGAGCAGGUCAACGUUUCACGUGCCACCACGGUUCCGCGACGGGCUGCUUCUGAAGGUUCCUACUUGUCCCGGUUCCUGGUCCUCGCGUUGUCGCAGGCGCCCCACCUGAGUGGACCUCCAAGCGCGGCCCGCCCGAACCGAAAAAGCAAAACACGAUGUGGACGGCGCGCGUGGAAGGAGGGCCCUGCUGCACCAACCACGCGGCGGUGGCCAUCAGCGACGAGGUGUACUCGUUCGGCGGCUACUGCGCCGAGGAGAUGAACACCAUGCGCCGACCCAUGGACGUGCACGUGCUCAACACGGGCUCUCUCCGGUGGACGCUGAUCCCGGUGCAAAGCAACCUGGAGAACGUGCCAUUCCAGCGGUACGGUCACACGGUGGUGGCGUACGGCGAGCACGCCUACCUCUGGGGAGGCCGAAACGAGGACGGCGCUUGCAGCAUCCUCUACCGCUUCGACACCGCGUCGUUGACGUGGCUGCGUCCCCGCACCACGGGCGAGACUCCCGGCGCCCGCGAGGGCCACUCGUCGUGCGUGCUGGGCAGCCGCAUGUACGUGUUCGGCGGCAGGGAGGACGAGGCCGACCGCAUCUCGCAGGACGUGCACGUGCUCGACCUGGACACCAUGCACUGGAGGUUCCUGGCCACCAGGGGCAACGCGCCAGAGUGGCGCAGCUUCCACUCGGCGGUGGCCAUCGGCCGGCGCAUGUACGUGUGGGGCGGCCGGCGCGGCUCGGCCGACACCCAGGAAGAGGCGGCGUACUGCGACCGGCUCGCCUACCUGGACACCACCAACGGCGCCUGGGUGCACCCGGUGACCAAGGGGACCAUGCCACUGGGCCGGUGCAGUCACGCUGCCUUCGUCUACAAAGGCGAGAUGUACGUGUUCGGUGGCUACAACGGUCUCCUGGGAACCUUCUUCGGAGACAUGUACAAAUACAGCCCAGAGUGCUCCCAGUGGACCCAGGUGAAGCUCCUGCGGAAGGGGCCCUGCGCCAGGAGGGGACACCGCUGCUGCCUGAUAGGCAACCGGCUCUUCCUAUUCGGGGGAACCAGCCCGGUGUCCAGUAAAGGCAGCAUCCUGGACAGGUUUCGCGAGUCCAGCGAGACCGUGUCCCUCGUGGACCACCCGGACCUACACGUCCUGGACUUUGCGCCUUCCCUGAAGACGCUAUGCCUCCUCGUGCUGAUCGACUCCCGCAUGGACAUCAGCCACCUCCCCGACGAAAACAAGUGGGAGAUCAGCUGCAUGACGUCGAAGAACACCACGUCGAGUCCGCGUGUCUGCCUGUGAACUAUGACGCCUCAUCGAGGGCUCGAUGCUGUAUCAAAGAACGGCGCCGUUUUUCUUACGCGAAAUAUAAAAUUUUGU